AUUUGGAUACACUCAUCUCCUCACCUUCCACAUUCACUCUCUUCUCACGGAAACUACUCAUCUUCUCCACUCUCCAUUGAAGUUGUUUUUCAUCCUUCAUCUUCCACACACCUAAUGCAGUACCUGAUUCUUCUAUUAAAAGAAGCCAUAGCUCACACUUAUUAAGGAAUUAAUGGAAGUUGUUGAUGAGAAUGAACAACUUAUUAUUGAAGGAAACAGAGAGCAUGUAGUUGUUUCACAUGUUACCAAUGAUUCACAUCUUAGUGAUCCAAAUGCUAAUGAAAGUCAAGAACCAUACAUUGGAAUGGAAUUUGAACCAAGAUUCUUUUAUGCAAUUGAUUUGGAUGAUGAGAAUCGUGUGAAAAAUGUAUUUUGGGUGGACGCAAAAGGUAGAGAAGAUUAUCAAGAGUUUGGAGAUGUGAUAUCAUUUGAUACAACUUAUAUCACAAAUAAGUACAAAAUGCCAUUUGCUCCUUUUAUUGGUGUGAACAAUCACUUUCAGUCAAGGCUACUUGGUUGUGCAUUACUAGCUGAUGAAACCUCAAAUACUUUCAUAUGGUUGAUGAAAACAUGGCUUAGAGCAAUGGGUGGAAAUCCUCCAAAUGCAAUAAUAACUGAUCAAGACAGAGCAAUGAAAGUAGCUAUAAGAGAGGUGUUUCCAAAUACACGACACCGGUUUUGUCUUUGGCAUAUACUUAGAAAGGUACCUGAGAAGCUUAGUCAUGUGUUACGAAAUAAUGAAGACUUCAAGAAACAUUUCAAUUCAUGUAUCUAUAGGUCUUGGUCAAAAAAGCAAUUUGAAGAUAAAUGGCAAGAAAUGGUAGAAAAGUUUCAGCUCUUGGAGGAUCAGUGGCUUCAGUCUUUGUACGAAGAACGUGAAUAUUGGGUUCCUGUUUACAUGAAGGAUACAUUUUUUGGUGGCAUGUCUACAACUCAGCGAUCAGAGAGCAUCAAUUCGUUUUUUGACAAAUAUGUAUGUAAGAAAACUACAUUAAAGGAAUUUGUGGAAAAAUAUAAAGUUGCUUUGCAUGAUAGAGAAGAGGCAGAAAUGCAAGCUGAUUUUAAUACAUGGCACAAGCAACCCAUUCUUAAGACUCCAUCACCUUUUGAGAAACAAAUGUCUUUGAUCUACACACAUGAAGUCUUUAAGAAAUUUCAAAUAGAAGUUUUGGGAUUAUCUGGAUGUCGUCUUAUGAAAGAGAACAAGGAUAAUCACCUUACUACUUUUGAAAUCUUAGACUUUCAGAAUAAUGAAGAGUUUGUUGUAGAGUGGGAGGCAUCAAAAAAAGAAAUUUCUUGCUUAUGUCGUUUAUUCGAGUUUAAUGGAUAUCUUUGUAGACAUUCAUUAAUGGCACUUCUCACUGUUGGUGUCUUUGCUAUCCCAUCACAAUAUAUAUUGAAAAGAUGGAGCAAGGAUGUAAGAAGCAAGCAUCAUAAAAGAAAAACAGAUGAAGAUGUGUGUUCUAGUAAGGAGAGGUUUGAUCGUUUACAUGAAAAGAGUAUUGAAUUUAUUGACGAAGCAUCGUUAAGUCAUGAGAGUUACAAUUUUGCAUGUCAUACACUUGGUGAAGCCUUGAAACAUUGUGCAACUAUUAAUCAAUCUUUGAAAGUUGAUAAAGAAAAUGUUGGUAAGAACAAUUUAGGUGAUACGUCACUACUUGAUCCUCGAUCAUCAAAAACAAAAGGAGCUCCAUCACGAAGAAUAAAAAGUGGGAUCGAGAAAGGGCGUAAGAGACAUAAAAAGGAAAGCUGAUUUUGAGCAUGAUGGUUGGACCUUGGACCUUUUAAAGACAUAUGAUCUCUUUUUAUAUCAUGUUUUGUUGGUUUUUCUGAUAUGAAUCUUUUGGUUGGAGUUGUAUCUUUUGUUAAUUUGUCAAUUUUAAGACUAUAAGUAUUGUAAUUGUGUAUUGUGAUGAGACAAAAUUAUGCAGAAUUGUUGGC